UUGUAAACUUAAUCUGUUUUCAACAAUAGAAGGACAUAUGAAAAUGGCCUAUUUCCAUAGUACCUGCUUUCUGGUUUUUAUGCUUAUCGUAUCACUGUUGGUCCCCGGCAGAGGCGGUGACUACGGUCCCGAAGAAGAAAAACUUCUAUCAAAAACUAUAGGCAUUCAAGGCAUUGUCUAUUGCAAAUCUGCCUCUAAACUCACCCCACUUGAAGGGGCCUUGACAAGGAUAUCAUGCGAGGCUGUUGAUGAAUAUGGGUUUGAAACGACACCGUUUUCUUUCUUAAGUGAGGCAACCGACUCGAAAGGCUACUUCCUUGCAACUUUGAGUCCACAAGAGGUCGAAGGAAAAGGGGUGCUCAAGGAGUGUAGGGCUUUUCUUGACGCCUCUCCUUUGAACAAUUGCAGUUAUCCCACAGAUGUUAACAAAGGGAUUAGUGGUGCUGUGCUUCGUUUUCAUCGCUUCCUCCAUGACAAGAAGAUGAAAUUAUACACCGUGGGGCCUUUUCUAUUCACCGCAUCACCGACACCAAUCUCUGAUGGAUAUUAAUUUAUUUAUUUUUCCAUAUAAAACCUUAUCAUGACUCUUUAAGGGGGAGUUGAUCAAGUUGCAAGAUUAGUAUGAAAUUUCAUGGACGAAAAAGAAGUAUCAAAAAGAGUGUAUUGGUAUUCAAAUCUUUUGGUUUAUCUUGUAUAUGAAAUCAACAAUCUCCCAAAAUUAAAUUGACUUGUCUUGAAUCAAGAUUAUCAAACUCGAGAGUUUACGCA